UCAGAUUUUUGAUAACUUUGCAAAUGUAUUAAAAAGAAUAACUGAAAUAUCACACUGGCAUAAGUAUUCAGACCCUUUGCUAUGACACUUGAGAUUUAGAUCAGGUGCAUCCUAUUUCUCUGGAUCAUCUUUGAGAUGUUUCUACACUUUGACUGGAGUCCACCUGUGGCAAAUUUAAUUGAUUGAAUUAAACAUACUGCUUACUGCUAAUGAUGUUAUUCAUUAUACAGGGGACAUUUUAGCUUUUUUUUAAAAUAUAGUCCAUGUAUUACAUCAGUAAACAUGAUGUAUUGAACUUGCAUUUAUUAUAUUGUAUAUAUACAGUAUAUUGUUACAUGUUUGUUGUUUACAUGCCUAAUUUGUACUAUUUACAAGUAUUUACAAGUGCUAAAACGGUACUGUCUCUUUAAGAGUAGUGUUUGUUUGGUUGAUUGAAUGGUUUUCUUUACAGCAUCCAUGAUAUGUGUGAUUAGAAUGAAAUGUUUCUUUUGUUUUUGAUGAAUAACAGACUGUAGAGAACAGAAAAGAUAUUAAAAGACACAUUAUUAAACAUCAAAUGGUUUGAUUGGAUCUAGUCUUUGGACUCAUAUCACACAGAAAGAGUCUUUUACUCUCAGCACGCAGUGAAAAGAUCUCGAUGCUGAACUUCUUCACCACUACACCACUCAAACACUGAUGAAUGAAAUCUAAAAAAUGAGCAGCCAGUGCAUAAUCACUGACAUUUGCUGUAGCAUAUGGGACGUAUUUACUAAGGGAUUGUUGGGGAUUGCAGAUGAAAGAGCGAUCUUGACAUUUAUAAGAAUCAACAUUGCGAUCGUACAAAUGAAGAUCAAGUAGAAAAUCAAUAUUUCUGACUGGCCUGAGAUCCAAACGUGUGUUUGAAAUGUGUGAAAACACGUGUCUUUGAGAGAAACCGUGAAUCCUGCUGGAUCAGUUUGUCUCUGACUGCACUGAAAAUAUCACGAUAUAUCACGAUACAUGGAUCUAAAUAUCGAUACAAUAUCAUGAGAAAAAUAUCACGAUAUAUCGAUAUUUGAUUGUAUCGACACAGCUCCCAAUUGUACUACAGUAAUAUUAUAAUAACCAUUGUUGAUUUUGUCAUAGCUAUGGUUUUACUACAAAUACCAAAACUAUAGUUGUUGUAGUAAAACCAUGCUUAAAGAAACAGUUCUCCCAAAAAUGAAACUUCUCUCAUCAUUUACUCACCCUCAUGCCAUUCCAGAUGUGUAUGACUUUCUUUCUUCUGCAGAACACAAAUGAAGAUUUUUAGAAUAUUUCAGCUCUGUAGGUCCAUACAAUGCAAGUGAAUGGUGACCAGAACUUUGGAGCACCAAAAAGCACAUAAAGGCAGCAUAAAAGUAAUCCGUAAGACUCCAGUGAUUUAAUCCAUGUCUUCAGAAGUGAUAUGAUAGGUGUGGGUGAGAAACAGAUCAAUAUUUAAGUCAUUUAUUGCUAUAAAUCUCCACUGUCACUUUCACAAGAAAGAAAGUCAUACACAUCUGGGAUGGCAUGCGGGUGAGUAAAUGAUGACAGAAUUUUCAUUUUUGGGUGAACUGUUCCUUUAAUUUCUGUAAGAGUAAAAGCAUGUAAUGAAUGAAUGUAAAUAUUACCGUUUGAUCUUUGAUCUUAAUAAUGUAGGAGCUUUUGGAGUGGCGGUGGGCUAUCCUCUAGACACAGUGAAGGUGAGAGUUCAGACUCAGAGACAGUAUUCUGGUGUUUGGGAGUGUGUGAAAACCACCUGCAGAACUGAAGGAGUGGGUGGUUUCUACAGAGGCAUGUCGAUGCCCGUCACUACAGUGUCCUUCAGUUCUUCUCUGGUGUUUGGCACAUACAGGAAUGUCCUUCAUUAUCUGCAUCAGAUGCGUCACAGAAACGCAGCACAUGCGCAUCAUAAAGCAGAUAUAUUUCUGGCUGGAUUUGCAGGUGGAGUUGCUCAGGUUUCAGUGAUGUCACCUGCAGAUAUUGUGAAAGUUCGUCUUCAAUGUCAAACUGAACCGCUUCACCACAUCAGACCCGAUUCAAGACCCAAAUACCGCGGUCCAGUACACUGUGUGUUGAGUAUCGCCCGUGAGGAGGGCGUGCUGGGCCUCUAUAAGGGUUCUGGGGCUUUAGCUCUGCGGGACGGGCCGUCAUUCGCUACAUAUUUUCUCACGUACAACAUCAUCUGUGAUUUACUGUCUUCAGGGAGUCAGCCAGAGUGGCGUGUGGUUCUGUUGGCGGGUGGCGUGUCGGGGAUGUGCGGAUGGGCAAUCGGGACGCCGAUGGACGUGAUUAAAUGUCGUCUGCAGGUGGACGGAGUGAGUAAACGGCGCUACAGAGGAUUCCUUCACUGUAUAACACACAGUGUGAAGACUGAAGGAGCCGCCGUUCUGUUUAAAGGACUCUCGGUCAACUGCAUUCGAGCUUUUCCAGUCAACAUGUGUGUGUUUGCAAUGUAUGAACUGGUCGUUCGGUUUCUGCGUUCAGCGUCAUAGAUCAGCGCUUCACUUUGAACAACUUAUUCCAUAUUGGAGAACAUCUGCAUAUUGCCAAAUAUUUGAAAGGAUCUCCAAUUUCCAUUUUCUUAAAUAGGAAAACUGUUCUUCAGAUCAAAGCUCAGUGUUUCUUACUGGAAACAUGUUUCUAUUUUACAUAGAUUUUAACCUCGUGUGACCCCGUGUACACAUGUGUGGAGUUGUGUUUUGGCUUUGCUAUACACAAAACAUAAUUUAAAUGAAUUUAAACUGACUGAUUACUGUUCACAACACUCUAGACUGUUAUUUACAUGUUAAACUUCUGCUGCACCGAGUCAUGUGAUGCAACAGCAUGACGUCGAUUUCCUUGAAGUGCUUCUACGGGCGCAGCGCCAACAAACGUGGAGCGUCUCUAGUUUCGUUUGAUAUGCCGCUUUAAACAACCCGUUUUUUGCUUGUUUAUCAGGUGCUACUUUAAAAGGGAAACAGAAAAUGCACACAGCAGUCACGCGGGGUCACAGGAUGUUAAAGAUGAACUGAAUUCAGAUGGAAACUUGAAUGACUUGAUUUAUUAUAUAAUGUGUUCAUUUGCCGUGACUACCUCUAUGAACGUCCAAGAUUUUAAAUUCAUAUCAAACAUGAAUUUCUUGGUUUAGAAACUCUGAUUAUGCACAGUUGUGUGUUCUGAUAGUUUAAUACUUCUUGAGUUUAUAUUAUUAUAUUUAAUAUAUCAUUAUAUAUUUGUGUUCAUGUGAGUUUUUUGAGUCUCAUUUGAACAGAUUUGAGAGUUCUUGAACAGGUUUACUCUGCAAAGUAUUUAUUUGCAUGAGACAAACCAAACCCUUGACUAAUCCUGUGUUUUUCAUUCAUCCUGGUACUGUAUUAAUG